AUGGCAAGUUCUGCCUCGCAGGAGACGGUGAUGUCCUGCGGUAGGACCGGACCGUCCGCGGCUCCCAAGUCGCUGGCCUUCUCCAUAGACCGGAUCAUGUCCAAGAGUUCGGAGCAGAAGGGGAGCGCGGAGGAGCGGGCAGAGGGGAAGAAGCUGCUCGGUCUCUGCUGCCCGAUCCCCUGCAUGAUCCCGCUGCAGCCCUUCAGCUACGACCUCCAGGCCAAGGCGCUGAUGAACUACUCCGAGCUGUGGAGAGCCAGUUUCAGGGGAACUUUUUGCGGCACCGGCGCCGCUCCGUGCAAAGGGAGCUGCGGCAUGUGCUGCAAAGCGGAGGCGAGUCUGAAGCAGCCGCUGCUGACGUCGGGAAGCCGGGUGGUGAAGCCGCAGGUCGUCCACCAGGCCGUGGCCGUGCCCAGCGGCGGCUCCCUCUACUAUCUCAACUACCUUGACUCUGCGUACCAUCAGUCGGAGCUGCUGGCCGGACACUGGGUGUCCAAUCCACAGGCUCAGGCCUCUCUGUCGGCGCACCACAGACUCUUGCUGCUGGAGAACGCCAAGCUGGCAGCGGUUGGGGCCGACAAACUGCCCACACCUCAGUACCCGCACAAGGAGCAUCUGCCGGGUCAGCUGGACCAGAUAGUGAAGGAGAACCACGGUCUGAGCGCAGAGAAGAACGGCGUCAAGACGCACAGCAAAGUGAGCGGCAGCGGCGCCGCAGACGGAAAACCCAAAAACUUCACGUGUGAAGUGUGUGGAAAGGUUUUUAACGCGCACUACAACCUGACCAGACACAUGCCGGUGCACACCGGGGCCCGGCCCUUCGUGUGCAAAGUGUGCGGCAAAGGAUUCCGCCAGGCGAGCACGCUGUGCAGGCACAAGAUCAUCCACACACAGGAAAAGCCUCAUAAAUGCAACCAGUGCGGGAAAGCGUUCAACAGAAGCUCGACGCUCAACACGCACGUACGGAUCCACGCAGGCUACAAACCAUUCGUGUGUGAGUUCUGCGGGAAAGGCUUCCACCAGAAAGGAAACUACAAGAACCACAAGCUCACACACAGCGGAGAGAAGCAGUACAAAUGCUCCAUCUGCAACAAGGCCUUCCACCAGAUCUACAACCUGACCUUCCACAUGCACACGCACAAUGACAAGAAACCCUUCACCUGCAACACCUGUGGCAAGGGCUUCUGCCGCAACUUUGACCUGAAGAAACACAUCCGGAAGCUGCAUGACAACGUCUACUCUGCGGCCACAGAGGCCAGACAGCUGCAGAGCUGA